UCUGGUGCAUCUCUGCUGGGUGGAAGCGUGCUCUUUCGUCCAUAGGACCGGUCAUGGCGCUGCAGCUCUCCCGAGAGCAAGGCAUCACCCCGCGCGGGAGCGCCGAAAUCGUGGCGGAGUUCUUCUCAUUUGGCAUCAACAGCAUUUUAUAUCAGCGUGGCAUAUAUCCAUCUGAAACCUUUACUAGAGUGCAGAAAUAUGGACUCACCUUGCUUGUAACAACUGAUCCUGAGCUCAUAAAAUACCUAAAUAAUGUGGUGGAACAACUGAAAGAUUGGUUAUACAAGUGUUCAGUUCAGAAACUGGUGGUAGUCUCAAAUAUUGAAAGUGGUGAGGUCCUUGAAAGGUGGCAAUUUGAUAUUCUGUGUGACAAGACUGCAAAAGAUGACAGGUAAGUAUGAAGUAAAUUGCUUCCACUUUCAUAGAUUU